UUGAACAUCCAUAAACUGUUGCAUCAGCCAUUAAAAUACGCUGAAUUCAUGCUCAGAGGAAAUCAGUGGUUAUACAUCGAUCGAAGCAUCUAUUCACGGUCAGACUAUAAACGUCUGUAAAAUUUUUCUCGCGCGAGUGUUAAUCACUUAAAAUUAGAAAAGAAUGGGUAUUCCUGCUGGUGAUCCAGAAAAAGGAAAGAAGAUUUUUAUACAAAAAUGUGCACAAUGUCAUACAAUUGAAUCUGGUGGUAAACACAAAGUAGGACCUAAUCUUUAUGGAGUGUAUGGUAGGAAAACUGGUCAAGCACCUGGUUAUAGUUACACAGAUGCGAAUAAAGGAAAAGGUAUUACUUGGAACAAGGAGACUUUAUUUGAAUACCUUGAAAAUCCAAAAAAAUACAUUCCUGGUACAAAAAUGGUGUUUGCUGGUUUGAAGAAACCGCAAGAACGUGCUGAUUUAAUUGCGUAUAUCGAACAAGCUUCAAAGUAAGCUUAAUAUCUUUCAAAAAUCAUAAAACACGCUAGACGUGUGCAGCGGGUAAAGAGGACUUAGUACUAAUUAUCACUUCAAACCUCAUGGAUAUCCCGCAAACAUUUCAUUUAACUCAUUCAUUGAUUCUCCGUCUGGUACUCGAGCGUUUACAAAGUCUGAAUAGUGACAACUUGUUAUUAAUUAUAAGUAGGUGUAUCAUGCAUGUAAUUAUGUACAUUGACAGGAGUUGAACUAGAAUUAUCUAGAAUCGACUCUGCUUUAUCAUUGAAGAUAUUUUGGUGCUCUCUCGUGAUGGCUGAGCCAUAUGUAGAUUGUGCACUAUUAUUUAUUUAUGAAUAUAAAUUGUUAAAAUCGUUCAAUUAUUAAAUUGUAAUGCAAGAAUAUGAAAAUACAGAUUCAACAAUGAAUUUGUAAUAUUCAUUUUUUCUGUAUUAACAGAGAACGAGUUUUUUAACAUCAAAAAUACGUCAAAGUACAAAUAGGCAAUAAAGAGAUACGCCUUGCCAAUAAUUUGAAUUUAAAUUUUACUGAUAUUAAAAGAUUGUUACACAAAGGAGAAAAUAGUAAAAUUGUCAAUAGUAAAAUUUGAAAAAUUCUAUUCAAAAAUAUGAGUGGAAAUAAAAUAAUAAUUGCAAACAUUUAA